AUGACGCGCGCGGAUCUCCCGCCCGAGACCGUCGCCGAGGCCGUCGAGCGCGUCUGGACGUGCUACGAUCCGAUGUUUCAGUUGAGUCGGUACUACAGACACGGCGAGCUCGACGCGUGCGACGAGAAAUGGAGCGACCUGUGGGAGUGCUUCGCGGUGAAGCGCGCGCAGCGCGAGGGAUUACCCGCGCCCGAGCGACGGGCGGCGCGCGCGCGCGCGGAGACGGGCGAGGGAGACGCGAAUGGGACGUCGCCGCUGACGCGCGAGGACGCCGAGCGCGCGGGACGCGCGUGGCGGAAGCUGUUCGGCGCGAACGUGCCGAGCGAACGCGAGCUGCGCGACGCCGAGCGAGAGACGCUGGCGAACGGGCGAGCGAGCGAGCGGGAGACGUCGACGUUCGGAGGCGGGACGGGGUGA